UCUGAGACACCAUAAGACUAAGGAAGCACUGAACGCACUCAAACACCAGACAGCCAUGGAGACAGACCUGGAGGACUUGGUGAAGAUGAUGACGAUGUAUUCAGAUGGCAUCCCUGUGAAAAGACUGAGCUUGAUCUUCCAGCAGAACUUCCACCGCAACUUGUGUGCAGAGGCCAUGGGCUUCGACUCCUUGUCCAGCCUGGUGGACAGUCUGGAUGAAGUGCUGCUUGUUAAAGAUGGCAAAAUAUUCCACAAGAUGCACACCGGGAACAGCGUCGUAAAGCCUAAAACGUCCAAGCUAAAAAAAGCAGAUCGUAAAAAAAUUAUUGAGAACUUUCUGACCAUGAUGAAGGAGCACCCUAAAGGAAUUCGUCUAAAGGCCUUGGACAGAGUAUAUACAGAGAAAUACAAGAAAAAAAUGCUUCUAACAGAACUUGGUUUCUCAACAAUGUUAGAGCUGGUGGAGUCUCUAAGCGAGCAUCUCUUUGUGAAAGGAAAGCGUGUGAUUCAUGUCAUGUUCAAGAAGCAAGAAGAUUCCUCAAACUGUCCAGAGUCCAGUGAGCUCCAGCCAGCUGCCAGCCCCACAGUGGGGGUUUCACUGUUACCCACGCCCCCCGUGGCCUUAACCAGCACUACGCCCAGGCCGGCAGAAAGGCUGACCCAGGAGGAGCUGUUCAAACGGGUUAUGGAGGUCUUGCAGAAGUUCAACCUGGAUAACCCACCAAUGCAGAAGCUCCAAAGCUGCUAUUUGGAACACUUUGGCUCAGAGCUUCCCUUUGGCCAGUAUUUGUCCCUGUAUGACCAGUGGGAGAUGUCCCUCUGUAAGGCCAACACCUCCCCCGACAACACCAAGACAGCAACACAACCACAAUCAGCAACUCGGAAAAAUCCUAAAGUUCCACCUGUGACGGCUGCCUCCUCCAGCCUCCUCUCGGACAAUGACUUCCCCGCGCUGGGAGUGAAAGUAUCCCAAAAGCAGAGCACCACCACGGAGACGGCGGACGCACCGAAACCCAAGAAGAGCAGCAGCAGCAACGUGUUCACAGAGGGCUAUCACAGACAGCUGAGGGAGGUGCAUGGGGCCAACAUGAGGGCAGUGGAGGCCCUGGAGGAAAUCGUGGGAGGACCAAGGCACUGGAGCCGGAGGCUGGAACGUGACAAUGUCGACAACCUCAUGAAAGACAUGAUACGGGAGAUCGCCUCAGAGGGAGAGCUCGUCACCAAAGAGCAGGUGAUUUCCAGAACUUGCCAGCUGCUGCAGAUCUCCUCUUUGGAAUCAGCCGGAAUCAACCAGUGGCAGAUCCAGGCUCUGAAGGACCUGCAGUACACCAUAAGAGAGGUCAACAUGUUCCUUGAGGCCACUGCGUCGGUGUCGUGCGUGUGUACCCUGUAUGAGCUGGGUCAGGCGCUGGCCGCUCUCAAAGACAAGAAGCGCUACGAGGAGCUGAACCUGGGCCCUCUGUGCAAACUACCCCUGGUGCACCGCAUGUUCAAGAUCAACAGCAACACCAAAGACGACGACAUCCAGCAGAUCAAGACUGUGGACAUACUCCAGCAUCUUCGCAAUUUUCGAAGGACGAAUGCCAAUAAUAGGAUUAAAAUCGACCUGGCAGAUUUCAUGAAGUACCUGUCUGAUCAGUACAACUGUGACUCCCCAUAUGAGCUGGGCAUCCGCAUUCACAGUGUGGCCCUCCCUAUUGCCUCCCUGUCAAAGGUAGUCCGCAAUGAGAAUGCUCUACUGGAGAAGGCCCGGGAGCAGGUCCAGAAGGAGCUGGAGGAGGAGACAGUGGAGCGGCUGAGGAAAAUGAAGAGGCAUGUGUUGGAUGCCCUCCCAGGUUCUGCAUCUGGAGGCAAUGCAGAGCUGAAGAAGAAGUACGCCAGUCUGACCGCUGCCGAAGUGGUGUUGGCUGUCUUUUCAAAGGCAGAAGGAGUGUUCAGCCCCAAGAUGACCAAACAUGUGCAGACUUUCCUGCUGCAGGUGUCUGGGGACCGUUUGGCCACAGCUCUGUUUCAGCUGUCCAUUUGUGGAGGCUCCCUGGCCCUACCUCAGGACUUGGUACUCAAGGACAAGAGCUCCAAAGCCCAUGAGCAGACCAAACCCGAGAAGAAGCCCUCCACACUGCGCCCCACUGAAGGGAUGGUGCAGCAGUUUGUGAAGGACAGCCUCUCCUCUCACAACUCCACCUUCACUCUGGCCCACAUGGCUGCCCUGGAGAAGAAAAUCACUAAGCACUUCCACCUCCAGAACUUCCUCUGCUUGGAGAUGGGCACCUUCUUGGACUUCCUUGUGAAACAUGUACAGGUGAUACAGGAGUGUCUGGGCUCGGCUCUGUUCCUCAGUACCAGCAGUGUUCAGCUGGGGGGCGCUAGUUUCAGGCCCACGCGCCAGGACUUGUUUGAGUUCAUUAAACAGUGUGGAGAUCUGGACCAGACAGACCCAGAGCAGCUUUCGUUGAUAGAGACAGCGCUGUGCUCCCACUACAGGCUGAGGGACAGCAGGGACCUGGGUUUUGGGGCCUUGCAAAGACUGGCUGGCCUGGUCCAGCAGCAGAAGCAGCUGUCUGGAGGAGGACUCAGCCCGGUCUACUAUGAGCUGGCACUGCUGGCCAAACACCGUAACUCAUGUGCUGAGGAGGAGGGUGAGACCGUGGGGCGCCUGGGGGACAUGUCCAAGGACCAGGCCCUGUUCAGUCUACUGUCCUGCCCCCUGCUGGAGGACGUAGGCCAGUGGAGUCAAUGGGACAUUGUGUUCAAGCCUGUCUAUGGUUCUUUGAAAGAUUUCAUUGAAAGAAAUGCAGGCACCACCGGUCUCUCUGCUCUGGAGGUGUGCCCCGGUGUGCUGCUCAGGACAACCUCACACACAGGAGACCAAUACUUCAGCAUGGCAGCGGAGCGCCUGGAUGCAGUGGGCACUGCGGGGCAUCUGGUGUCCAUGGUGGUGGCCUAUGGGGUGGCCAAUGCCCCCCUGGCUUUGCUGGCCAAUCACAUGCAGAGCUCACUGGCAGCAGCUGUGGCCAGAGAAGAUUUGUCCCAGGCUUAUGAAGACGUGUCAUGCUACAGAAGAGUUGCUGAGUUCAUUUUGGCCUGUUUAGUUCGAAUCCCUACAAAAAUCUGCAGGACGCUGAUGCAGCAGGUGUUCAUGGAGCCCUUUUCCAAAGUGUUGGGUCAGACACGGUCUAAGGAGGUUUUGAUGAGUGUGGCCCAGUCCAACCCACAGCACCUGAACCUCCUGCACCGCCUGGGCAUCCUGCUGGGCAUCACCGACUGGAUCAAGGACUACCAGAAGAAGCUGAGUGCACCUCUGCCCCAGGAGAGGCAAGACGCAGUGCUGGAGGCCAAGCCUAAUAACAUACACUCAGAGAGCAGCAAUGAGUCCGACUUGAGUGACACAAAGGACGCUGAGGACAGUCUCGCCUCCUCUUCUUUAAACCUACAAGUGAAUGAUGACAUAGAUGUCAAAGUGGAGGAUGAGGAAGAGGAGGAAGAAGAUGAUGAGGAGCUGUACGAAUUGGCCAGUGUUUCUAACGGAGAGGCUCUAGACCACAGCAGUGAGGGAGAACCAACCCCAGAUGGAGGCCAAAGAGACGGAGACACAGACCAAGAGGAGCAGACCCAAGUCACAGAGGAGAAAGGGGGGCUGUCUUCAGAACAAGCUCUCAUCGAAGACAUCAGGAAGAGUGAGUUUGGAGUGGGUGUGGAGCUGACACCAGAGGGCCAGAAGCUGAUGAUGGUGCACCAGGAACGCCUGGGCCGGAGCCUGGACCGCCUCUCCACAGAGCUGUACAGCAAAGACACACACUUUGUACUGGAGCUUAUUCAGAAUGCAGAUGAUAACACUUAUGCGUUAGAGGAUGGUGUGACCCCUGCCCUGGCCUUUGUGGUGGAGAGAGACUGCAUCACUGUGCUCAAUAAUGAGACUGGCUUUCAGGAGAAAAACAUUCGAGCAAUCUGUGAUGUCGGCCGUAGCACCAAGGGCAAGCACACAUAUGGAUAUAUAGGACAAAAAGGGAUUGGGUUUAAAUCAGUGUUCAAGGUGACGGACUGUCCUGAGAUCCACUCCAACGGCUUCCACUUGCGCUUUGACAAGACCUGCGGGCCCAUGGGCUACAUCCUGCCCCAUUGGACCGAAGACCAGAGGGAUGUGUGCCCCCUGCUGGAGGACAUUAGCCAGCACAGCUGGAGCACAAAGAUCUGCCUGCCUCUGCGCUCUGAGAGUCAUCAGACCAGAAACCUGUUUCAUGACGUGCACCCAUCUCUCCUGCUGUUCCUGCACCGUCUGCGCUCCAUCACCAUCUACAACCAGCUGGAGAACCGCCUGGUCACCAUGCUACGUAAAGACCUGAGCCACAAUGUUCUGGAGGUGGAGCACACGAAUGGCACAGAGCGCUGGUUGGUCAUCAAGAGCAUGCUUACCCCACGGAAGAUCAAAGAUGGCGUGGAGGCGACGGAGCUGGCCCUGGCUUUCCAACUGAGCACAGAGGAGACAGGAAGUGAGGUCAUAGGUCAGCCGCAGAAACAACCCGUGUUUGCCUACCUGCCCCUCCGCACCUUUGGCUUCCGCUUCAUCAUCCAAGGUGACUUUGACAUCCCCUCAUCUCGAGAGGACGUGGACCGAGACAGCUCCUGGAACCAGUGGCUCCGAUCGGAAAUCCCUCUCCUCUUCUUGCAGGCUAUGGAGGUCUUUAAUACACACUCAGACUUGGGAGGACUCCGAGGCCUGUGCCACUUCUUCCAGUUCAUCCCUUUGCCUGACGAGAUCCUGGACUUCUUCAAACCUGUGGCUCUGCAGAUCAUCCAGCUACUCAAGGGGAGAGCGUUCCUGCCCACGCUCAGCACAGAUGGUAAAGUGGUGUACAAGCUGCCGUCCCAGGUGGCCGUGUGUCAGGACCCUGUGAUCCGUGAGGUGAUUGGAGGAGCAGAGCUGGAGAAGCACCUGUCUUUGUCCUACCUGCACCCCAGCCUCAGCCCCGCCCCUCCCCCCUCUCUCCUGCGAGAGCUCGGGGUGCGUUACCUGAGGGGGCCGGACGUCACCACCGUAACCUCCGCCAUGGCCAAAGAGCUCAUGAAGAUGGAGGGGAUUCACUCAGAGGACGGGCUGCAGAAACUGGCCAAGCUGUUGGUGUGUAACUUCCGUGCUCUGGAGCACGGAUACGGAGAGGCCGACUCCAUACUGCAGACACUCAGAGACUUACCCAUAAUCCCCCUGUCUGACAACCGUGUGGUGGCCCUGAGCACAGAGGGAGUGUUCUUCCCUAUGGAGGAGACCAGCAGCAAGAAGAAGAAGAAGAACAAGGCUCACAACACUGGCCCCCUGAGUGCACUGUAUCAGGACGUGUGCGUGGUUCACCCCACCCUGCUCAGCUGCAUGGACCCUCUGGAGAGUCAGCAGGUCAGAGAGCUGCUCAGGAGGCUGGGGGUACACGAGCUGGAGCCAGAGGAGCUGCUCCAACAGCACAUCUACCCCACCAUACACAGCGCCAAGUGGAAGUCCAAACCAGAGGCCGUGGUGGUGAGCUACCUGGUGUUCAUCAAACAGCACUCCUCAUCCGCCUCUCUGCUGGAGUUGUCAGACACUGCAGUCCCUGUACUCACCAGCAGGGGGCUGCUCUGUCCCAAACACAGCCGGGUCUACUUCUCUGAGGAGUACGGCAACAUGGACCUGAACAGCAGACUUCCCGGUCAUGAGUGGGUGCUGCUGAGCCCAUGUUACGCACAGGCAGAUUCAGACGUGGCCGGCUGGAGGGAGCUCUUCACCAAACUGGGAGUCAGAGACGGCUUUAUCAUCAGGAAGGAGAGGAGGACGCUAACCCCAAAGGAACUGGCAUCCAGUCCAUGGUCAGUGGAGAGCUCCAUGUGGCCCCAGAGCCGGACGGAGUGCUGUGUCAUCGAUGAUUACCCCUGUGAGGAGUUGUACAGCCUGGCCACGGCUCAGCUCCCCGAUCACCUCCUUCACCAGCAAAGAGCCGCCCUGCUGGAGCUGCUGGCUAACAACUGGGACUCUGGACACCACUACUCCCAGUACCUGACGGCCCAGGUGAUUGAUAGCGAUGGCCAGUCAAUCAAAAGUAUCCGUUCGUCCUUCUAUUACCACCUGUGCCGCCUGGAGUGGGUCCCGGCACAUCGCCCCCUGCAGAACGGGCAGGAAGAGAGCAGCUUCCUGUGUCCCAGCUCUGUGUACGUGUCCUCAGAGGAGAUACGGGGACUGCUGGGGACUCAUGUGUGGUAUGUGGACAUCCAGCCCAGCGACUUCACCAGGGCAUUAGGCAUGAGGAACACAGUGACGGUGGAGUCACUGAUCUCCUACCUGAAGGAGUGGUGUAUGGGGACCCAGGCUGAGGGGGAGGAGCCUGAGGGGUUAGAGUUCACGUCCACAGUGGAGCAUAUCCAUAACGUGUACUCGUAUCUGCACAAGAACUGCUCCCAGAUUGUGCUGAAGGAGCUGUUCCAACAGACGCCCGCUGUGUUCGUGCUCCUACACAGGCACAGUGAGGAGUGGUGCUUGGGUCAGUUCUACCACCUGAAGGACGUGUGCUGGAGUGACCCCACCUCCAUGUUCCACCGCUACAAAAGCCUGACCCAGAGCCCCUCCUGCCCCAUGCAGAACCCCCGAGUGCUGGCCCCCUUCUACAGUAGCCUGGAGGGCAUGAAGGAUUUCUUCACCAGGCUGCUGAGGGUGGAUAUGAGUCCUAACAUAAAGCAGUAUGUGGGCUUGUUGGAGGCAGUGUGCUCCUCAUGUCCCAUACCCACCAGUGAGGUUUUGCAGGACGUGUCUGUGCUCUACGCCACUUUGGCUCACAAGUGCAAAACGCCAACGACUCUGGACCAGGAGGACAGCACCCAACCAAGGCUCAACACUGGAUACUGUUCUACCCUCAAAGGAAUGGUGUCUGACCUGAGGGUGUUCCCCACUAAAGACAACACGUGGGUGACUCUGUCCCGCAGGCCCAUGGUCAGUGACAGCAGAGAGCUGGAGAAGGUCUUCAAAGCCCACAAGGAGCUGUGCCUGCUCAACCUGCCCCCAGCCGAGAAGAACACGGCCAAGAAGACCUGGAGCUCCAGACCUGGUCAGAGCGCUGAGCGGCCUGCGUUCCGAGAGGAGGACCGGAGCUUGUUCCUGCAUAUCUGUGGAAUCAAACAGCUGUCUGCCUGUGUGACCAGCGAGGCCCAAACGGAGAACCUGAGACCCUGCCCCAGUAUGCAGGAGACGGUGCGCUCCAUCGUGCCGUACAUCCAGAGGUUCCUCUACCACCGAGAAGACCUGGCUGAAGUCUAUUCUGAGCUGCAGGAGAGCAACAUUGCACACAAAAUUAAGAAACUCUACUUUGGACAGGUGGGGAAGCUGUACCGGCGCUACCAGUUGGACCUCCCAGACUCAGGCAGCAUCGUGGAGCUGGAGGACGUCAUCUGUCUGCUCAAAGACAACAAGGAGCUGUACAUACAGAAGGACCACCUGGAAGCCAAGCUGGACAUCUGCAGGGAGCUGGUGAAGCUGUUCUGCUCUGAGGCGUCUCACAGGAAGGAGCUCAUGCACUUCCUGAGCGGACUCAUCACAUCACUGUCUGACCAUGCAGCGUUGAGGAGGUAUCUGCAGAAGGAGGACAUACGAGAGCUGCCUCAAGAAGAGGAGCAGUGGGAGGUCCCAGAGCCACCUAAACCCCCCCAGCCUGAGCCCAGCCUGGACAGAGCAUUCUUCCUGUCCUCCCAGUCAGAAGUGCCCCUUCAGCCCUCACAGGAGGCUGGGGAGCAGACCCUGAUGUGUUGGCCCCCACGUGCCUCCCUCUCCAACACCGGAGCCUCCUGCAAAGUUGGAGAUAGUCGUGUGGUGGAGGCAGUGAACAAGAUGUGGCCCCCACCCGCUCCCCCCAAAGACAGUCAGUACGAGGGCCCCGCAAAGCCCAGGGACCAAGCCUCUGCGUUCCCCAACAGCCCUGGUACCAUCAGCCAGGAGAGCCACCCUCGAGCCCCAGAGCCUCAGCUGCAGCGUGGACACAGCCAACAGCCCUCUGCUCCUCCUCCCACCAGCAGCACCACCAGACAUACAGAGCCCACCGAGCCCCGCAACAGAGCCCAGCCUGUGGUAGAGAAAGGAGAGGUGGCCCCAGCAGCGCCCACACCUCCCAGCACUCCUGAACACACUGCUACUACUGCUGCUACUACUGCUGCUCCGUCUGCCCCGCCUGCUGACUGCUCCAACUCCACCACUUCUGCCCCGACUGAACCAGACAAACAAGCCCCAGGUCCAGAGGUGGUGCUGGUGUCCGGAGUGUUCCAGGGCAGUGCAGCUGCAGCAGACCUCCACCGUCCCCCUCUGCACAUGGACUUCCCUCAGUGGAACGGAGACAUGUCUAUGGAGGACAUGGUCAUCGCCUGUGAGAAGCCUGCUACUGUCUUCUUGUCGGACCAGAAGGACUUGGUGGCCAUCGGCGAGUGGGGGGAGCGCCUGGUGCACUCCUUCCUCGUGCACUGGCGCGACGGCCCCGAUCCAGCCCGUCCCUCCUCCAUCUCCUGGUGCAACGAGCGCGGAGAAAGCGGCCAGCCUUACGACUUCCAGCUGUCCUUCGCCCACCCCCACGGAGACACCACCACGGUCUUCAUCGAGGUCAAGUCCACGGUGAAGACUGAGAAGGCGCUCAUGCACAUGUCCGCCAACGAGCUGGACUUUGCUCUGAAGAAGAAGGAACACUACCACAUCUACAGAGUGUACAGCGCCGGGGAUGCACAACAUGUCCGCUUGUGCCGCAUCCAGAACCUAGCACAGCACCUCCACACCAAGAACCUGGAGCUCUAUCUCUUUGUAUAAACACAGAGUAUGCACUUAAACUUUAUGGUGACACUUUAGUCCUGGGACCACAUGUUAAUCGCUAACUGAGUGGGAAUUGGUAUUCUAGUUCAGUGGUUUCUAAAGUGGGGGUCAUGAGGCACCGUGCUGGGGCUCAAACUACU